AUGUCACUUCUCACUAAUGGUGGCAGAAUCGUGCCCAUACUUACGGGCUCUGAUUCUCACGAUCCCACCCUCGAGGUGCCUGUGUUGCUAGAUGCAUCUCCUCCUCCAAUUCCUCUUUCUUCAAUCUCUUCCCCACCAACUAUGCCCCGCCUGUUGCCGGACCAGCAGGCCUGCAAACAAGCCAAGCCCAUGCACCACGCGAGCUUGGAGUUGGCCUCUCUUCAAGAGAGAGGCCUUUAUGCACUCCCCACCGAGGGAGAUGGCAAUUGUCUCUAUUACUCCCUCUCCGACCAACUGUAUGGCGACACCCACCAUGCAGACGAAAUCCGCCAGCUUCUAGCCAAUCACAUGGCUUCCAAUAAAGAUUACUUCAUGCAAUUUGUCGUUGCUGAAGGUGGGGAGCGCCGCCGCCCUAAACGGGCGGCCGCAUCUGCGUAUGCUACUCGCUCUGCUGAUGUCUCCGCUCCGUCCCAGGAGGACAUGGAACGGCGGUUCCAGGAAAUGAUUGCUACCACCCGCAAGAACGGGGAAUGGGGCAGCUCCGAGCAUCUUCAGGCAUUCUGUCAGGCCUUCAAGGUCGACUUGAAUGUAUACACCAUGGAUGGUGUUUCAGUGUUCCAGGAUGUCAAUGCCCUCCCAAGUCAACAUCGGGAUGUUCUGCACGUAGCCUUCCAUGACUUCAAACACUACUCUUCAGUGCGGGGUAUCGAGGGCGAGCAUGAAGGACUUCUUACCAAGCUGAAGCCUUUCCAACCUAUCAAGGAGGCGAUUAAGCCCGAAAUCAUUCCAGACUCCAAAUCCGACAUCGAUCCGCAACAAUUCACAUUACCGGAAAGAAAAGCCGGUAGUGGCCAUACAACCAACGAUGCUGGCCUUGCUGUUGACCUAUAUCCCCCCUGGGAUAUCAAAUCCAUCCAAGAGGGAUUGGGGGGUCGGUAUGACCGGGAAACUAUUGUGGACAUGCUCCAGAAAUGUCGUGGCGACAUUGACCGCGCCUUUGCCGCGCUCUUGGACGAGAAGACAGACGUACCAGCUGAUAAGAAAGCCGCUCCCGGAAUUCCCAUCAAACCAAGCUUGCAGGCCUCGCGCUCUUCUUCUCCAUUUAGUACGGGUAGCAAGCGGUCUGCGGAGGACAGCGACGAUUCCGAAGAUCCUCGUCCCGCACGACGAACCCGACCUAAGAAACGCCUCGUCUCCAACCUGACCUUGGGCGUUGGUAUCUCAUUCAGGGAUGAACAUGACGAGGUUGUUUCCUUGAAUCUUCGAAUGAACUCCGACUCAGAAGACGGUCAGGCCACAGACCCCCCUCUCCCGGGUAACACCAACCCGGAACAAUCGGACACGGACGGAAAGAAAUGUCGUCGCAGCAGACGACUUUCCCGCCCGCGCCCGAACUGA